UAUCUUUACGCUGGAACAUUCAUGAUGUGCUGUCCUGCGAAGAUGUUUGCGUCCGGGCAGAGUGCGCUGAUACUGGUGCUGAUAGUGAGUGCUGUCACUCGGCCCUCAGAAGGGAAGCCCGCCAAGCUGUUCAGUCCCGGGCAGCAGCAAGUCGUGUUUGUGGAUGAAGGAGGCCACGUAACGCACGAAGAACAGGGGCAACUACGGCAGAAUUUUGGCAGUAAUUUUGGCAACAACAAUGCGGCUGCAGGCCAGGAUGGUGCAUCUGGCCCGGCGCAGUACGAGUUCGCGUACGACGUCAAGGUGCCGGAGGAAGGCAACGACUACGGUCACGCUGAGCGUCGUAACGGUGACACCACCGAGGGCAUGUACCGCGUGCUGCUGCCUGAUGGCCGAGUCCAGGUCGUCACAUACUCUGUCAUCGGCAACUCUGGCUUCGUGGCGACUGUCACUUAUCAAUGAUCUCAAAGACCGCGACAAACGGGCGACUUUUUCGUAUAAUACGCAACCGGCGACUCAAGCUCUUGGUUGCCAGCUGAACUUUUGGGCCAAAGUAACUUUUAUAUUGGACAAACGCACAGCCUUAAAUAAUUUUUUUUUUUGCAAUUAAGUCUCGUAAUGAUCAUGAUUAUGUCGCGAAAAAUUGGUAAAAAUGAUAACGGGAAUGUAUUUUGUGAAGCUAUUCUAAAUUUGGGCGGUGUAGCUCCUAAAAUAUGAAUUAUGAUGGGUGAAACUUAGAUAUGUCUCAAUGUAUAUAUCGCUUAUCCAAUUUUCACCCUAACAAGCAAUGAAUAUGUGAUUGAUUUGAGGCCAUUUGUAACUUCAAGCUUGAUUUUAAGAACCAUCAUAUACAUAGUAUUCUAUGACACUUCUAUCAAAUUACACAACACCCGAGGAGCUAUGGUUAUAGACAGAUGCCUCGAGUGGACCACUCAUGUGCAUGAUGGCUUCCUCCUCCACAUCAUAACGCAGUGAUGGGCUCAUCUUCCACAUCAUGACGCAGUGAUGGCCCCAUCUUCCAUAUCCUGAUGCAGUGCAUAAACACGAAACACACCCUAGCUCACCAGAACAACAUGUAAUAUGUUUGUAUUUUUGCAUUACUCGUUAAAUCCGAUGGAAGCGAGAAGUAUGGACGGAAGUCCCAACUUAUAUAUCUGCAUUGUUGUUAAUGCACAUUGUUAUUUGGAAUGAUCUCGACCAAAAUAUUAAUUUAUUGAUUUGAUUUAAUUUAAUCAGAAAAUAAAAAUC